UGCCACUGGCCAUAAGGACUACCCUUGCUUCUCGUCAACUUUACGGAACGUAGCAAUGGGCUCACCAAACGACCGAUACGUCGAGGACGACCUUCCCGUUUUUCGGCCAAUGCCAUGGUCAUUGAAAGAGAUACGCGCUGCCAUUCCUCCCGAAAUGUUCGUGAGAAGCUUGGGGAAGGGACUCUUGUAUCUCCUCCGUGACAUUCUUCUCGCUGCGGUUGCGUGGUCACUGGCUUUGAGGAUCGACCCGUUCUUUCAGCAAGCCACAAUCAGGGCUAUCAUUACCCCUGUCGGUGCAGAAUGUCUUCGCUGGAUUGCAUGGGGUGUCUACUGGUGGUUCCAAGGACUCAUCUUCACCGGGCUUUGGGUUAUUGGCCACGAGUGUGGUCACGGCGCGUUCUCUGAUUACAAGAUCGUCAAUGAUGUUCUCGGUUUCAUCAUUCACAGCUUCUUAUGGACUCCUUAUUUCUCUUGGAAAAUCUCGCACCACCGCCACCAUUCAAACCAUGCUUCAAUGGAACGCGAUGAAGUCUACGUGCCGAAAACCCGCGAGGACCUUGGAAUUCCCGAUAGGCCAAACGACGAAAUCGACUGGGACGAAAUAUUCGGCGACACCCCAAUUUAUACUCUAUUCCUUUUGAUCCGCCAGCAGGUUCUCGCAUUCCCAGCGUACCUUCUCUACAACGUCUCUGGCCAAAAGAACUAUCCAAAGUGGACCAAUCAUUUCGAUCCCAAUUCAAUUCUCUUCACGAAGGAGCAAAGAACCGCGGUUAUUCUAUCCAACAUUGGUAUUGCUGCGAUGGUUUGGGGCGUCACCUACGCCACCUCGCUCUUUGGAGCUGCCCAAGUGACCAAGUUCUACGGAAUUCCUUGGUUGUGCGUGACCCACUGGUUCAUUAUGAUCACUUAUCUCCACCAUACUGAUCCCGUUCUUCCUCACUAUCGUGGAAAGGAAUGGAAUUUCCAACGCGGGGCUGCUGCCACUGUGGAUAGGAACUUUCUGGGAUGGCAGGGCCGCUUUUUCCUUCAUGAUGUGGCUCACUUCCAUGUCAUCCACCAUUUCUUCCCAAAGAUGCCUUUCUACCACGGCCCGCAAGCCACUCAGCACCUGAAGGCCUUCAUUGGAGAUCAUUAUGUCUACUCCGAUAUCCCCGUGUUCAAGGCUCUCUGGGACAACUAUAAUAACUGCCAGUUUGUCGAGAAUGAGGGUGAGCAUUUUGAUUUUUUGCUCGGGGUCGUACUCUGA